AUGAAUGCGAAAAUAUGGAUACUUACUCUUUUGUUUGAGACCUCCUUGGCAUUGGAGUUAUGCGAGUAUUGGACACUGCAGAAUAAAUUGCAUGAACAUCCCGAGUGUGUUGAGGUGAUUCUACCGGCAAACGAGCCUCCUGUCGAAGAAGUUGAACACCCCGCCGAGCCACUGCCACCAAAAAGAGCCUACCGACCCGCGAGAAGACAGGAGAUAAAAGUUUUGGUAACCGGCUCAUGCUCUAGCAAAGAAGUUUGGGCGUGUAAAGAUUGCGAAUCAACGUGCAACAAUCAGGCGCCACUCUGUGAUCGGACUCAAUGCAUGAAAGGUUGCGUCUGCCGAAUGGGUUUAGUGAGGGACAAUCGAGGACAAUGCGUCUCACAAAGAGAUUGCCGACUUCACCGGAAACCAACUCAUUUCAACAAGGCCAGCUCACUCACCUCACCCGAACUUGCACCAAGCUUUAACCAAGCUGUUAUCUCAAAACUCCGCUCGUGGCUUCCCAUGGUGAACGAUGUGUGGAAAGAGCUCACGAAUCGAUCCUUGUUU